ACGUCUUCAGUGUCAAUCUCCAAAUAAUUCAUUGAAAUAAAUUCUCAUACAAACUUCCAAGAAAAGAACAAAAAGAAGCAACCUUUCAGUCAAUUUUUGGGCAGUCCACACAUCAUAUAAUCCCUAAAAAAGUUUAUCACCCUAUUUCCCUCUAGUUUUUCUCAAACCUCAAAACCCAUCUCUCUGAAAUUUUGGUGCAUAAUUUUGGGAAUACCCUUCAAGCAAAUCAAGUUCUUCAACUAUGUCUUUUAAAAGGUCGAAUUCUUUGUCUGGAUUGUCUAUUGCAGACCAGAGCAAAAAUGCAUUUCUGGAUUUAAAAAGGAAGAAGGAUCAUCGCUAUGUGAUAUUCAAGAUUGAUGAGAAGAAGAAAGAAGUUGUUGUCGAGAAGACUGGCACUCCCGCUGAAAGCUAUGACGAUUUUCUGGCUGCUUUACCCGACAAUGACUGUCGAUAUGCAAUCUAUGAUUUCGACUUCGUGACAUCUGACAAUUGCCAGAAGAGCAAAAUUUUCUUCUUCGCUUGGGCUCCUUCAACCUCUCGUAUACGUGCCAAGAUGCUGUACGCUACAUCAAAGGAGAACUUCAAGGACGAGCUUGAUGGUGUCCAUUAUGAGAUUCAGGCUACCGACCCCUCCGAGGUUGAUCUCGAAGUGCUCAAAGAGCGUGCGCAUUAAUUAUUUCGAUGUUAAUACAGAGAUGAAUUUUUCUCCUGAAGAAAGAACUAAUCAAUUACAGAAGGUCUGACAUUUGAAUUGAAACUCAAGGAUUACCUGAAUGUAAACUUAUUGCUAUAACUAUAAAUGUUAUAAUUCCUGGAAGUUAUAAGUACUAUGAAUCCCAGCUGUUUUAUGUAUAAGUUGAGAGUAUAAAGUCUACAUGUAUUGGUUGUA